AUGUCCCACGGCUCCGGGAACCUCAACAACGGCAGCGGCGCUGCCGGAGGAGGUGGAGUCGCCGGCCAAAACCCCGGCGUGAGCGGCGAGAUUGGAGGGAGUGAGGGAGAGGUCGACGGCAGCCGAGGAACCGGUUGCGGAGGUUCUGGGGGAGGCGGCGGGGAAGCUGGUGCAGGAGAAGGGACGUGGCAGAAUGCGAGGUACAAGUCGGAGAUUCUUUCUCAUCCGCUGUACGAGCAGCUGCUGUCCGCUCAUGUGGCUUGUCUCCGGAUCGCCACUCCGGUCGACCAGCUCCCGAGGAUCGACGCCCAGCUGGCCCAGUCUCAGCAUGUCGUCUCCAAGUACUCUGUGCUCGGCGGCCCCGGCAACCAGAUGCUCGCUGGCGAAAAUAAGGAGCUGGAUCAGUUCAUGGUUACUCUCCCUCCCUCCCUCCCUCUCUCUCUCUCUCUCUCUCUCUCUCUCUCUCUCUCUCUCUCUCUCUCUCUCUCUCUCUCUUUCUCACACACACACACACUCACUCACUCACUAGACAUAUAUAUAUAUAUAUAUAUAUCCUGUCGAUUGAUAUACUUAUCAUUCUGUGCUUCAUUUAUUUCCUGGCUGCUGCGUCUGAUUUCCGCCUCCCAUGAUCUUCAUUUUCUUUCUUGAAGUCGGUUCUUUAGAUUUCCUUCAAUUUUUCCACUGCCUCCGCAGUGCAGCCGCAAUUUUUCCUUCAGAGUGUUCCUUAGAUGCGGAGCUCUCUAAUGGAGGGAGAACUGAAUGCCCUGUGAGAGCAAUUCUGGGAACCCAGAUCCGAAACCCCCUGCGGUGUUCUAGAGCGAGAAACUGCUGUCUGACCCACAUUCAUCUUGAUGUUCUUGCUCGAUCAUAUCAACCUACCCCGCCUUGCCCUCUGCCCUUUUGGCAGAAACUGAUGCAGGCAUCCCAAACGAUCGACAUGCUAGAUUUCAUGACAUGUUUUUGCUCUGGGGAUGGGAUUCUCGUCGGCCCUUGAUGGUUUCUUCUUCAUCUCUCUACUGACUUACUCAGAAUGUGGAAUGCCUAGAAGAAUAUCUUGAAUGAGGAAUGCCUCACAGCCCAUCUCCGCCCUCCGUUUUAUUUUUUAUUUUUAAAGUGUGGAAAUGAGAAAUUCAGCUUAAAACAUGAAACUUAGGGUUCUAUCUUGAAGCCCGUUUUCUAGGCGAGGGUAUUCCCUUGUUUGGAUGAAACAGAACAGAGGACGGUGGAUAUCUGUCUCUAAUGGCAGUUUAUGUGCUUCAUUUCUGUAAAUUUCGAGUCUUUUUUCUUCUUUAUUUUCUCUCGGAUUGAUAGUUUGGAGAAGGUGGCUGGAGCCGAUGAAGAAAGAUUGUAAUUUUGAUCUCUGACUGGGUCCGAUUGCUCAUUCAGACCCACUACGUUCUGCUGCUGUGUUCAUUCAAGGAGCAACUGCAACAGCACGUGCGAGUUCACGCCAUGGAAGCAGUGAUGGCUUGCUGGGAGCUCGAGCAGUCCCUUCAGAGCCUCACAGGUCUCUCUCUCUCUCUCUUCAUGUGCUUGUGGCAGGAUUGUGAGAGAAUCUGAAUGCUCUCUCUCUCUCUCUCUCUCUCUCUCUCUCUCUCUCUCUCUUUCUCUCUAUUCAUGUGGCGUCAGGUGUCUCGGCCAGUGAGGGAACGGGGGCGACCAUGUCGGACGAGGACGACGACCAGGCGGACAGCGAGGCGAACCUGUACGAGGGCAACUUCGACGGGCCCGACAACAUGGGCUUCGGUCCCCUCGUGCCCACCGAGAGCGAGCGCACUCUCAUGGAGCGCGUGCGCCAGGAGCUCAAGCACGAGCUGAAGCAGGUUAGAGCGAGAAACUAGAGAGGGACGUAAAAAGUCAAAGACCUACCCCAGCUUUCAGGAGAUAAUUACCAGCUGAAAAUCGUGGCCCUCCUUUCUUUGCCUUGUUUUUUCUUUCCUUUUUAGGGUUACAAGGAGAAGAUUGUGGACAUACGGGAGGAGAUCCUGCGGAAGAGGAGGGCCGGGAAGCUCCCUGGGGACACCACCUCCGUCCUCAAGGCCUGGUGGCAGUCCCACUCCAAGUGGCCAUACCCCACCGUGAGUCAGCCCCCCUCCCCCCCCGUUGACUUUUCUCCCAAGAUUUAGUGAGAGAAACUUAAUUCUCUCUCUCUCUCUCUCUCUCUUUUUCUCUCUCUCUCUCUUCCUCAGGAGGACGAUAAGGCACGGCUGGUGCAGGAGACGGGGCUGCAUCUGAAGCAGAUCAACAACUGGUUCAUCAACCAGAGGAAGCGCAACUGGCACAGCAACCCCUCGUCGUCCACCUCCCUCAAGAGCAAGCGCAAGAGGUGGGUUCUUCUUCUUCUUCUUCUAGGGUUCCUUCUCCUUCUUCUUCUUCUUCCAUGGUUUUCCUCUUACCUGAUGGUUUUUCUUUUCUUCUUUUAUCUAUGAACAAUUCACCAGCAAUGCAGGUGACAACGGUGGCGAACGGUUCAUGUAAGCUGAUCGCCGCCCUACCCACCUCGGCCGGAAGGUAAUUGAUAUGAGAGAGAGAGAGAGAGAGAGAGAGAGAGAGAGAGAGAGAGAGAGAGAGAGAGAAGAGAGAGACCACAGUUGGUGCUGCAAGUGGUUGAUUUGCACUGUGAGAGUGCCGGGGGGGGGGGGCUCCCCACCCAUAUUCGCACGUGUAAGAUGGACACGUGUGGGCCCGCGCGCCCAAGUCGCGCGUGCGGAACGCCGCCUGCCACGUGUCGCGAACGUGGUUGUAGAGUCGGUUGCCAGCGAUUGAUUGCCUGCCCCGACGGCGCCGCCGAGACGACGGAUUUAUAUACAGCUCGAUGUUGUGAGGCGUGUUUAUGUCUAUUUCCUGUCUUAAUCCCAAGGGUCGUGCCACGUCUCCCGCCAACAGAUUUUACUAAUUAUAGAAAGGGGAAUGACGUGUUUCUCCAUCGGGAUCGGCCCGUUGUGUGAGUGAGUGAACCAAGACGCCGAGUCUCAAAUCGGUCAAAAACUGGAUGACGUAAUUAUUUCAUUUUUAAAUUUUAAUAACAUGAAUAAUAAUAAUAAUAAUCCCCCCCCCAGUAACUGUGGUCAUUCAGCCGACUCGAUUGGGGGUUCUUCCUGAGGGGCUAAAAUGCCACCACGUGGCAUUUUAACAUUAUUUUAUUCCAAAAAGCAAAAAAUUGCGGUGCUCUUGCGUGUUCUUGACGGAUUCUAUCAUAAUAUCUGUCCUCUCGCACCGAUGAUAUACAUAAUCUGCGGGUGGGGUCUCUAGAUUUUUAUUUUUUAUUUUUUAUUUUUCCCUGUUCCUCACUUAAAAUGCCGCUUCUCGGAGGCGUCGGAAGCUUCUCCAUGGCGAGAGACGGUGAUAUUUCCGCCAUUAAUUACACGUUUGAGCCUGCUGAGUUGGUGAGAGUGGCUCCAGGCGGGAGGCAGCUUCCGGUUUCCUUCCCAUGGAGAUCACGCGGCUGCGGUUUGACUCAACUCUCACGUGAUUCCGAUGAACAGAUAGAUCUUCGAGCCAUCACGAGAUUCUGAUUCUUUGAUUGCGGCAGUCCGAGAGGUCGAGAUCGAGAGCGGAGAGGAGAGAGAGAAAUGGCGACGCGGGGGUUGUUGAGGAGAUCGGAUCGGGAAAUGACUGGUGAGAAAAUUUCCGUGGCAUUCAAUUGCUAGAAAAUCAAUGAAUCUCGCUGAAAUGGACGGCUCACUAUUCACAGAGACAAGCAGAUGAAUCGAAUCAUGAAAGGGGGGGAAAAAGAAUCGGAGUAUUGAGGCCGUAGCGGCGGAUGAGGAGCUAG